AUGCCUACUUCCAUCUCGAAAUUGAUGGCUCUCCCGCUCCUCAUGGCACCACUCAUCAUGGCCGCUGCGACGCCAUCUUCCGCUGAUGUGUUCGCGACCUCACUCGACAGUGCGUCCAACAAAGUCAUCCGUCGUCAUGCGUUCAAUCUUGCUAACCUCCACAGGCUGCCAGGAAUGCUGGGUCAACACGGCCACCCAUGCGAGUAGCCCGGCUUGCGGGGAGAAGAAUGGCACCUUCAUCGACGCUUCCAAGUGCCUGUGCGCGGACGGGAACCAGCAGCUCUUCGCCACGUGCGACAGUCCAUGCUCUCAAGAGCUAAGCAUCAGCAGCCUCUGCAGCGAAGUCGAGAAGGCGUACGGCGCCGACAACACCAAUAAUGUUGCGAUCAUCAUCAACGACGCGGAAGAUCCAUCGGGCGCUUCGACGACUUGUCCUGACAAUAGCUACUACGAGGUUUGCUGUUUCUGGGGAGGACCUUGCAGGUUCAGCAAUAUUCCUGCAUAG